AAACCUUAAUAUUGCAUUUCGUCUCUCAAUUUAUCCCUUCAUCGGAGAGAAGACAAUCUUUCAUCGUUUUCUCUCCUUCCAUAGAUAAAUAAAGUUGAUCCCCCAAAAGGGUAUCAUAGUUGAAGAAUCUAGAGUUAGGCUACAUCAUAAUCUAAUUUGCAAACAUGGGUUUUUUUAGAAAAGCAGCUUCACCCGGUCCUAAUAGUGAAUCCGAGACAGAAAAGAAAGAUGUACCCGCCAGAAGGACUACUUCUGAACCAGUACUCCCUGUCCCAGACUCUAAAAACCCUUUUGAUGAUGAAGACGAUGAUGACUUUUUCGGUAAAGCCAAAACAUCGACUCUUAGGAAAGGGCAGAAGAGUAAAGCUGAGCUUGACGGCAUGUCUAAUCAGGAAUUAGAACACUACGCCGUGGAUCAGGCUGAAGAAACCACUAAAAGUGUAAAUAACUGCUUGAAAAUAGCAGAAGAUAUCAGACAAGAUGCUAACAAGACUCUUGAUACUUUGCAUGCUCAAGGGGAACAAAUUCAUAGGACGCAUGAGAAAGCCGCUGAUAUGGAAAAAGAUUUGAGCAAGGGCGAAAAGAUUUUGGGGAGCCUUGGUGGUAUGUUCUCUGCAACUUGGAAGCCAAAGAAGGGCAAGGAGAUCAAAGGGCCAGAUGCAAUAGAUGAUGGAAAAGCCGGAAAGAAAGCAAGCAAGGGAGAUAGGGAGAAGUUGGGGUUGGAUCAUGGACAUCAUAAAGAGAAGAAAGACAAAAAGGGACAUAAAAAAGCUUCAGGUGAACCAAAGGAUGCCAUGGAGAAAGUUGAAAUGGAGAAGGAAAAGCAAGACGAGGCGUUGGAUGAACUAAGCAGUGUAUUGGGUGAUCUUAAGGGAAUGGCUGGCGAGAUGGGAUCUGAACUCGACAGGCAAAACAAAGCUCUGGAUAGUCUUUCAGAGGACGUUGACGAGAUAAACAACCGAGUCAAAGGUGCAAAUACUCGUGCUCGUAAAUUGAUCUCAAAGUAAAAGAUGUAUCAUCCAACUUCAUUCCCAAUCCCAUAUAUCUUGUUGUUGUAUAAUUGUGUAUCUAUACUUUUAUUUUGUUUUUGUAUAUGAAUAUGAAUAUAUUGCAUUAUAAAUGCCUAAAGACCUA